AACCAGAGUGUGUUAAUACUUCUCUUGUGAAAUUUCUUUAAAAAAUAACUUAAAAAUAAUAUAAAACCACUUUAAACUGCUUUUAUACAAUUCUAUACGUCUCUUUGCCUUCAAUUAAUAUAAAAUUAUAUCGCCUAAACCUAGUUAAAUCAUUCAAUUAAUCAAAAAUACUUAUGCGGAAACGUGUUUUGUGUGUCAAGAAAAGAAAUCCCUGCGAAAAAAUAGUUUAAAAAUACCUACAUACUAGAGGGAACAAAAAAGUACCAACCGCGAGUUCACACCAACCGUCUGUCUCAUUCUGUCCUUUGCUCUCUGCUGCUUUAAGUGAGUGUGGUUGCUGCACAAAGUUAACUUUUUAUUGUGUUUAAUAAUACAAAAAAAAUAUAAAAUAAGAAACUCAACAACUGUGAAUCAAGAGGAGGAGCUGUGAAGAAGAAGAAAUACACGAACGAAUUAUGUUUUGGGACAAGGCCUACACACCGUCACAGAACAUUGAGGCGCUCUUAAAGAAGGAGAAUGUCACUGUGGAGGAGUUUUUGGAUGAAGAUGAUAUUCUGCAGGAAUGUAAAUCUCAAAAGAAUAUUAUUAACUAUUUCACACGUCCAGAUGUAAUUAAACGGCUUGUAGAAUUGAUAACGACAGAACCAUCAGAAGACUUACCGCUUGCUCAACGAUUUAGACAUGCCAAUAUGGCCUGUGAGGUUUUGACUCUCGGCUUACCGUCCUUAAACGCAAAACUUCUGUCAGACAAUGACAUCCUACAAACACUGUAUUCAUAUCUUGAAAACAAACCACCGCUGAAUCCCUUACUUUCUUCGUUUUUUAGUAAAACCUUUAGUAUGCUCUUCACAAAAAAUUUCUAUCAGGAUUGGUUUUUGUAUCAGAAAAUGUGCCUACAAUUAAUCGAAUACAUUAAGUCACAAGGAAAUUUCCUAGAAUUGAUUUUUCGGCAUUUCGCCACGCCAGUUAUGCCAGAUUUGUUAAUGCAAAUGUUAAAUGAUGUCGAAGGAGGUGCCCUCAAGAAAAAUUUAUACGAAUGGCUCACCGAAGAGAGACUAGUGGAGAGACUGAUUGCAACCCUAGGCGAUGCCAAAGAAUCAGAAAAACAUGCCAACGUAGCGGAAUUCUUUUGUGAGUUAAUCACACAAGGUCGUUCCAUGCGACAAACCGAACAGGAAAAUGAUUCUUUCGAGCCAGCAUUUGCCGGAAGUAAUCCCUUACUGCAACUAAUCGAAAGUGAAGAAACCAUAACCAGUCUGUUAAAUGUAAUUUUGGAACCAAGCGUCAAUGAGCACGCAAUUAUAUCAGGAAUUUUGGUUGUACUUACUUUAGUUAAGCCAGUAGUGUUUGCAGAUGUUGCUGCAACAGAUCGUGCAAGAAUAAUGCAAGAAAGGGAGAAAGAUAACCAUGAUAACAUUAUUUCGACUGUGAUUCGUGUGGUUGGACCACGCCUCAAAGAAUUUAUUGAAAUUCUUCGAAACCCGCCUGUUAAACCUAAUAUGUUGAUAAAUGGAGCCAAAAUUCUGCCGCCAUUUGGCAGUACACGCCUGGAGAUAUGCCGACUUUUUACAGUAUUACUACAAACUGGAAAUGAAGAUAUCACGAAUGCAAUUUGUGAAACUGACUAUUUCAACACAAUACUCGCAUUGUUUAAGGACUACUGUUGGAAUAAUUUCUUACAUAGUGAAGUGGAAAAAUGUUUACAUAUAGUAUUCACUCCGAGCCGAUGUAUUAACAAUAGCAGUAUCAAUAAUAACAAUAACAUCAGCACCCAAACAACAAAAGAUGGUUCCUUUCAAAACGAUGAUGAUCAAAUUAUGACGGAUGAGACUAAUCAAAGUCGUGUGAAUAUUGGAGAUGGUAAUAAUGUCGAAGGUGAAAUUGAUUCAACGACAAAAGAUCAUAAAAGUCCAUCCGCAUUACAAACUUAUGUUAUAGUUAACAGUAAGAUAAUAUCUAAGCUCAUCGAUUGCUGGAUGCAUAACAAUGAAAUGCAAAAAGCUGAAAAUGGACGUCGUUUAGGCUAUAUGGGUCAUUUAAUGAAAAUUUUUAAACAUAUUACCGCAUGUAUAUCAGAAUCAGAUCAUAUCGGUGCCUUAAUUGAAAGUAAUUUAAGUGAUACUGAACUAGAACAGUGGCAGUUGCUAGUCCAACCGGACGAUGGUGAAUUCACCUUGGCAUUAGCUUUACAAAAUCGAAUGUUAGCUAAUUGCAAUGCUCAAGAGUCGGUUGAUUAUAGUCAACAUUUGCCUAAAGAGUUUCUAUCUGAUGAUUUCAACACCGAAGUACUUAGUGACUUUGCAGCAUCAUUAAACAAUUUAUACAUCAAUUUGGAUGAAGAUCCAAUAACUGAAAUAUUAGAGACGGAGGACGUGUACUUUGAUGCGUUUAUUGAUCAACUUUUGAAUGCUUCCGAAACAAAGAAUCAAUCGUCAUUGCACUCCUUUAGUCAUUGGGAUGCUGGAUCUACAUCGGCUGGGGGUGGUGGAGGAGGUGAUCCGUUUAUUGAUUUAUCACUAAUUGGCCAAGAGAAUUCUUCAGAUUGUAAUCAACAAAAUUCAGCGUCAAUUGGUGGUGGUUGGGCUGAUUUUCCAACAGAUAACUUUGCUGAUUUCGAUGCUCAUUUCAGUGCAUUUAGCAAUGAUAUGGGUAUUAGCGAUAGAAAUGAUAAGGAAAAUUUAAUAUUUUCCAUUAAUGAUGCCGCCCCCGCCGUUAAUUUAUCUUUUAUUCCUACGUCACCAUCGUCGCUAACACAAUCAGAAUUUGAUAAUAAUGCCAAUGUCGAGAAGACAACAUCGAUUGAUCCUUUUGAAGAGGACGAUGCAGAGGCUAAUUUUGGCAGUAUGACAGCUGAACAAACUAACUCGAAUAAUUUCGAAGAUGAUGCUUGGACGAGGACUAAGGACAAUGAGUCUGUCACAAAUGCGACUGUAUUAUCUAACGGCCCAACAGCUAUUCAGGACACAAAAGACAUUGAAGAACUUUCCAACCAACUUAAAAACUCCUCCAUCACCGAAAGCAGCUUACUUUCAUCGACCACAACAACAACAAUAACAACUGCAACAACAGAAAACCCCGCAUUACUGUCAACAUUCAACGAAGACAAAAACGACGAACAAUUAAAAAUUGCUUCAUCAGAAAACAUCACUCUAGAGAAGAAUCCACCAUCAUCCGCCAACGAAUCAUUGUGCCAGGAGAAUGACACCUCCACCAACAUCAUUUUAGAUCAGGAUAGUAAUACGAAUAGCUCACCUGCCGCUACAGCCGCCGAAGAAAUCACGCCAGCUUUAUAAUUUUAAAAAACAACUAAAACCCCCUCCAAAUCAAAAACAAACAAACAAAUCAUGAGAGAAAAAUUAAAAAAACAACAGUUAUAAGAUUAAAUAGUAGUUCAUACAAACAUAAUUAUUGUAAUUUUCAGUUAUAGGAUUUUUUUUUAAAUAGCAAGUAUACAUCUUAAAAAAAAACCUUAAGUUAUAUUUUUAUUUUUGUUUUACAACAUUUUUUUUUUCUUUCUUUUUAAUCUCUCGCUAGUUAUUGUUCUCUAUUUUGUUUGUGUGCUUUUUUGUUUUCAUAUUCAUUAUUUUAAUAAAAAAAACAGUAUAAUAUUUAAAUGCAUACAAAAGAUCCUAUAAUAAUAAACUAAAUCAAACCUCAAACCACAAUCCCGCCCAUUAAAACGAUUUCAGAAGAAAAACAAAAUACAAAAAUAAAACAAAAGUAAAUUGCUCAGCAGGCCAGAAGAUUAUCUUCUAAGUAAUAAAUAAUAUUUAAAAACAAAAUAAAACUUAUCAUUAUCUUUUUAAUUAUUAUUUCUUUAUUUUUAUUAGAGCUAGAUAGCAUGCAGCUUCUAUUUUAUAUUGUUUUUUCUUUUUGUAUUUUAUAUAGCAAUAUACACACUAAAAUGGCACAAGUUUUUUUUAAGUAUCUUAUCUAUCUCUGAAAUAUCUGUGAUAUUAAAUGAAGUUGCAGGGUAUUAAGAAGAAAAUAUAAAACAAAACAUUAAACAAAACAAAAAAAUUAAAACAAAGAUAGAUUUUAAAUUUGCUUAAUUGCACACACAUACACACACAUACACAAACACACAACAUUCAUACACUUGAAGAAUAUUUUCAAUUUUAUUAAUAAUAAAAUAAAAACAAAAAUAUAUAAACAAAUGAAAUUGAUUACGAACUUAAAGAAAACAAAAACAUAACAAAAAAACAUGCUGCAGCAGACAGACCACAGAAAAGCAA